GUGCAGUUCUGCUAAAAUUCACAAAUUGCUUAAUUUUACUCUAAAAUCAAAACACUUGAUUUUUCUCAUUUUGUAGCCGUGGACACGUUUGCUCUGCAGAUGUGGUAAUCCACUGCUUGUACGAGACAAGUUUCUGGUGUGGAUCUGAAAUAAGGAAGUUGGUUUAAAAGGCUAUGAAUAAAUUAAAACAAGUGAUAUGAUUUAAAAAAUGAAAAGUAACAGUUUUAUCAUGUUUGCAAAUCGAGAGAUCAAGUUUCUGUCUGUGAACACGGUGGCCGUCAGCAUUUUACUGAGUGUCCUCUUCGUUUCAGGUGAUCUGGCCUCUUGUGAUGAGCCAGUCUUUUUCAUUACUACGCCAGAGAAGAUGGAGGCACUGACCGGAUCUUGUUUGCAAAUCCCAUGUAACUUUGGAGUUAAAUCAGAAGAGGACUUGCAUACCACAUACUCUAUCGGUGGAGUGUGGAUUAUAAGGGACCCCAGAUUUGCCACUUUUCCAAAAAACGUGAUCUUCAACAGUAGCAGCGCAGUUCACACCUAUCCAGUGAAUAUUACUGGAAACCUGAGAGAGAAAAACUGCACAACUAUAUUUUCCAAUUUGACCACAUUUUACGCAGACAAAUACUUCUUCAGGAUUGAGACAGGGCCAUUCAUGGCAACAGCUGUUUGCCAUUCUCUUCAAAUAAAUGUUAACGAUUCUGCUCUGAGCCCCAAAAUUGAAAUCACAGGUGAUCUGAGGGAGGGGGAGUCGGUCAAUGUAACCUGCUCAGCUUUAACUCCCUGUCCACGCUCCCCUCCUAAACUCACCUGGGACCUCCAACAAGACCCUCGCAACAAAAUAGAGGAAAACACUGAUCGAACCAUAACAACUAAAAUCAGGCAGACCAUCACUCUGUCAGAAAAACAUGACGGAUACAACAUCACCUGUUAUGCCAGCUAUCCUGUGAAUGAAGGAAGACAUUUCAAGACAGCAAAGCAAAAAAUUACCCUCAGUGUUUUAUAUGCCCCCAAGGACACCUCAGCAUCCAUCAGUCCAUCAGGUUUGGUGCCAGCGGGUAGCUGGGUGAACCUGACCUGCUCCAGCAGAGCCAAGCCUCCCAUCAGACGCUUCACCUGGUUCAAGCAGAGCACAGAUGGACCCAUGAAUGUAUCUGAAGGACACUUUUACAGUUUCAGGGCCACAUAUGGAGCAGUUUAUUACUGUGUGGCCACCAAUGAUGUUGGUAAUCACAGCUCAUUACAGAUCCUUCUGCUUAUUAAAGGAGAAGGUCUGCAAUGGGAACCAGUUAUUGGAGUAGUCAUUGGGGUCAUCUUUCUCAUCUGCUUGAUAGUCUGUGUUUGGCGUUUAAAGUCAACACGACAGACUCAGAGUCAAACAAGUGAAGAGCUGGUUAUUGAAGAGUCAGCCAGUAUAACAGAAGGAGAAAACAUCCAUUAUGGAGAGAUCGACUUCUCCAAGCUGAGACCUGCACCGUCCUCUGACUCCCUGCAGGACAGUGGACAGCAGCAGGAUACGGUGUAUGCACAGGUCAAAGUGUCCAAGACAGCAAACAGCUCCAAACACACUGCUGACAGCCCAGAAGAUCUCUACGCUCAAGUGAUGAAAAAAAGAGGACUGUUAGGUUUGUGUAAAGACAAAGGUUUUAUAUAUUCAUGAUGUUUCUAUAUCAGUUGAGGUAGAGAAAGACACUGGAACAUGAACAGGAAACUUCACUGCCAUCCGUUCAAUGAGAAGAAACUCAAAACCUUCACAUCCUGCAGCUUUUUAUGUCAGCGAUAAACAUGUUCAUAUUUAUGUGCUGACUUCACACAUCUCUGAGAAGAAAACUUCUUUUUAAACUUAUUUUGUGACAUCUUAAUAAGGUAUUGCCAGAAAUAAUCUUGUUUGCAUAUGUACUGUGUGUCAAUUUUCUUCAUACAUUCAUUUGAAACUGAAGAUUUAACUUUUUUUCAUAUAGGCCAUCAACUCCUCAGUAUUGUUCACACUACUUGUCUUCAACAAUAUGUAGAUGAUAAAAUGUCAGAAACGAAAACACUUGUUUUGUACAAUUUUUAUCUAAGAGGUCUUUAAGGUCAACAGUGUCCCGUUGUGUGUAAGUUUUUUUGUUUGCAAGUGACAGAGGGUAGUGUUGUGAUUUCUGGUCUCUGGUGCAGCAGCAUCACCUGCUGUCCAACCCAACAAAUUACCAGCUGAAAUCAAAUCUCUCCAUGUGUUUUUAAACCACAAAUCAGACAGUCUUGCCUUGUAAAUAAUAAACUGCUGACAGUUUCAGGAGGAAAAUGGCCUCAGUUAUAUGAUCAGAUUAGGUUCAUGUUUUUUCUCCUGCAGCUCUGAACAACCUCCUUGACUUUAAAACUUAAAAAAAAAACUUUAUUGACACAUCCAGUCAGUAAAUCCUGCUGACAGACUCAAACGUUGAUCAACAGAUUCACAGAUUCAACUUAUUCUAAUGAAUCAGAAACAGAAGGAAAGUCUCUGAAUUAGAGCAGUAUACUGCCCUUGUACUGCUGUGUCCUGUGAAUGCUGUUCUGAGCUGCCCCCUCACAACAGUGUGGGGGCACAACAGUGCACAGCAUUAUCCUAACAGAGUUACAAAGUUUUUAUGUAUGGGGCAAGAAUGGUUGAUGGGGCAGAGGAUGCAGUCUGGGUCUGGGAGGAAUGAAACACAACAGCAAUUAAGAGAGGAGAAGCGCUGGGAACUGUUGAGCAGGAGACAGAAGAAGGGGCUUGGGGGAGAAAUGACACUGGAGGCAUGAAUGUAGAUGUGGCUGCUGGGAUAAGAACUGAGAGAUAAGGGUGGACAAAGACACAUCCUGCAGCUGUAGGAUUUGGUUGCAUGCAGUUCAGAAAUUAGUUCAGAAAGUUGGUUAGCUAACUAAAUAUUUCCACUGUUUUUUGCCUUUAGAUUUUCAUUUAGCUGCCAUCUCUUUAAACUAGCUGACAAAAGCCAUUGAAUUGUUGCUUUGUGAACAAAUACUGAGUGGAAUUAUUGCAGAAGAUGUUUUCCUUAGUUUUUGAAUAAUGUGAAUAAAAUAAAUGA